AUGGCACCCGCGAGAAGCUCCGAUCAUGCCCCCUCCCCCGGAAACGCCUUCUCGCCAAGUGGAGUCGCUGUGCCACCCAUGCGCAUGCCACAUCUGGACUUCAUCUAUCGUAUCGUCUGCGAUAUGGACCCCAACGUGUCCGAAAUUGCAAACGUUGAUAACACGGGCGUCACUCGUCUUGUUCUGCCUAUCUUGAGCGGGUCAGUCAAAGGCCCUAGGAUCACAGGCAAGAUUGUGGAGAGAAGUGGUGCAGAUUGGGCCGAGCGCAUUAGGCCUGACAAGGCGUUCUCAAGGUUGCAUGCCAUGUAUACUCUCCAGACUGAUGAUGGUGUCUUCAUCCUCGUCAACGCCCAGGGUGUUUUCCGCACUGGCCCUGGUCGAACAGACAAAUCGCCUCGAUCUUCAAUCAGUCAGGAUGACGUUGAGUAUUUCACGCACAUUAGGUUUGAAGCACCAGGGGGAAGCCCUUACGACUGGAUGAACGCUGUGGUAGCACUCGGGGUAAUGACCAUGUUUGAGGGGCGCCCUAUCAUCGACUGCUAUCGACUCACAAACUUCCCUGGCGUAGCGGCAGAAAAGCUUUGA